UGGUCAAUGUGUUAAUGUGUUGAUGUUUCUCUCUUCAAACUUGAGCAAGCUGGCUAACCUUUGGUCAACCAAUGAAUGAAAAAAGACAACUUUCAGCAAACUUUCUUUAUUACUUCUUUCUUCUUCAUUGAUAUCCGUGUGAGAGAAGCCAAAGAAAACUACGAACUCAUGUGGAUGUGAACCUUUUCUUCUGUUUUUUUCGUGAAAACUUCAAGCUUCUCGAACGUGUACGGAACCAAGCCAUACCCUUCUGUGUUCUUCCCUGUGAGGAUUCCAAAAUUUAAUUACUCACCUUCAAUUUCAACCAUUUUGGUCUUUCUUCACUUGGUUUUUCCUUCUGAAUCCUGUUUGUGUGACUUACCCGAUUCUGGUUGUAAUGGUAUCAUGGGGUUUUGUUCUUGACAGUCAUUGAUUUUGGUGAUUUGUUGAAUGAUAGCAAGUUGAUCAGAGACCGUGCUUAAGAAUCAUAGGCUGAACAGAGAUUGUGCAUGUUAAAUAAGCAUAGCUGAUUGGUUAUGCAAUGAAGUGCUUUCACUAUUUCAGAGAUAAAUCUAGAAACGGUAGGCAAAGGUCAGCACCUGAACUGAAGGAGAAAGAGCAACUGGACUUUUCAGGGGCUGAGAGAGUCACCAAGUCUUCAAGCUCAUCUGCUUCACCCCGUGGUAUACCGGAACUGUAUGAGGAGAAGGGUCAGAAUUUGAGGGUCUUCUCCCUCUCAGAGCUCAAGCGUGCAACAAGUGAUUUCAACAGGCUUUUUAAGAUAGGAGAAGGUGGAUUUGGAAGUGUGUUUAAAGGUUCAAUCCAGCCUGCUGAUGGGAAUGGGAAUCCUGUUGUAGUUGCUAUCAAAAGGCUUAACAAGGAUGCCUUACAGGGCCACAAGCAAUGGUUGACUGAAGUUCAGUUUCUUGGUGUUGUGGAACACCCAAAUCUUGUCAAGCUUAUUGGAUACUGUGCUUUGGACGACGAACGAGGCAUCCAGAGACUACUCGUAUAUGAAUACAUGCCGAACAAAAGCUUAGAGUUUCAUCUUUUCAAUAAAGCUUAUGAUCCUCUUCCUUGGAAAACUAGACUUGAAAUAGCACUUGGAGCAGCUCAAGGGUUAACUUAUCUUCAUGAACAACUAGAAAUUCAGGUGAUAUAUCGAGAUUUUAAAUCUUCAAAUAUAUUACUGGAUGGAGAUUUUAAGCCAAAGCUUUCUGAUUUUGGACUUGCCAGGGAAGGGCCAGUAGCUGGUGAUACUCAUGUUUCAACCGCUGUGAUGGGGACGUAUGGUUAUGCUGCUCCAGAUUACAUUGAGACAGGUCAUCUCACAGCCAAGAGUGAUGUGUGGAGUUUUGGAGUGGUUUUAUAUGAAAUGCUUACUGGCAGGCGUUCAAUGGAAAGAAACAGGCCUAAAUCAGAGAAGAAACUGCUGGAGUGGGUGAAGCAAUACCCUUCUGACAGCAAGAAGUUUGACACAAUAAUUGAUCAGCGACUUCAGGGAGAGUAUUCCAAGAAUGGAGCAAGAAAACUUGCAAAACUCGCCGAUCAUUGCCUGCGUAAGAGCGCGAAAGAUCGGCCGACGAUGAGUCAGGUGGUGGAGAGACUCAAGCAGAUAAUGGAAGACAGUGAUGAGGCAGAUGACAGAAGUGUUGAGGUAUCAGAAAAUGGUCAAGCUGAGGCUGAAGAGAAGGGAAAUCAAUUAAGGUCUUCAGAGCUGUGGAAAAAGAGGAUGGAACAUCUUGCAAAACUUGGUGAAAGUGUGGAGAGUGCUGGCAGAAAAAGAUUUAUGAUCCUUCAUAGAGCCAAUGUGUCCUCAUAGUUUCAUCUCUAGAAAACAUUUCAUUUUGCCUAAGUGUAGGUGAGAACAAGGUUCAUCUCUAGAAUAUAUUUUGACAAUACUUUUUGAUAAUUUUUUAUACAACGGAACACGUGUUAUCACUUUAUUGGUCUAUUUGAGUUUAUGUUUAAAAAAAUAUUUAAAACGGACCAAUCACAAGCUGUCAUGUAUGCGUUAUCAAAAAAUUAUUAAAAAAGUGUUGUUAAAAGAAUUUUUUCUUUGUCAUAUAUGUGUUUAAAUGCUCCCAAGCCAA